AUGCUCGGACGAACUUCAGGGCCUGCAGCAAGAUCCGCCAGACAGCAAUUGCGAUGCAAAGCUCGCUUUAUCAACUCUCGCUUUCAAUCCACAGCUUCUAAUGCGGCUUCCACUAGUAGUAAUCCCGCUUUAAUUGGUGGUCUUGCUGGUGGAGCUGUCGCCUUCGUUACGGGUUACACCUGGUACCACUUUUCCGGAGCCAAGACGCUUGUGAACACCAGCAAGCAAACACAAGCAUAUAUCGAUCAGACCAAGCAAACAAUUGCUCAGAAGACACCUGAGCCAAACGAGGCAUUCAAAUGGGUGAGGGAUACGAUCAAAAGCUACGCUGUCUUCAUCCCUGGCGCGCGAGGCUACAUCGACACCGUAUUUGACGACCUCGAUAAGAUCAGAAAUGACCAUGGAAAUGAGUUUGAUGAAGUGGUCAAAAAUGCAUAUAUGGAGUUGAAAGAUCUCUCGAAUAAAGAAGGAUUGAACAUAGACUCGGCAUCCAAGGCAUUGGUCGUGCUACAAACACAUGUGAAGCAGUUGUACGACCUUGCUGGCGAUGCCGCGGAGAACGUUCUCGACAAUCACCCUCAACUGAAGGAGAAAUUUGGUGGUGGCAUUGAUCAACUCAAGGAGUUGGGUGACGCUUAUGGGCCUCAAGCCAAGGAGGAGGUUGAUCGGACCUGGCAACAAAUCUCCAGUAUUCUGCAGCGCGGCGCAAGUAUCAAUUCAACUGAAGAGAUCAAAAACUUGAUCCAAGAGAAGAAGACAAAGCUUGAAAAACUAGGGGAUGAGGCGUGGCAGAAGGGUUUCGAGGAGUACCAGCAAUACCUUGAUAAGAGCCCCAAGCUUAAGCAAAUGAUCGAAGACAAUGCCGAUACCUUGAAGAAGGGCAAUCCGAAAGAUCUUUGGGCUCUAGUUAAGGAGAGUGCUUCUUCGGGGAAGAUAGAGGAUGUGGAGAAGUAUAUCAACGAGAAGGUUGAUCAAGCGAAGAAAAGCGGCUUAAGCGACCUCAACAAGUGGCAGAAUAUGCUGCCUGGUGGUUCCAGCGUCAUCCCUCAGUUGCAGUCACUACAGGCUAUCGCGCAAAACAGGGGAAGCGAGGCACAGAACGUGUUGAAAGAGACCGUUAAGGAAAUUCAGAAUGUGCUAGAGAAGCGCAAGGAACAGUUGGAGAAUAUUGCCGAGGAAGGAAAAGAAGAGAGCAAAUAA